AUGCGCAAUCUCAAGAACGUGCGCCUCGUCGAAGUCGAGCUACAGACCAAGCUUCCUUUGACUGCGACUGCUUGGGACACUGCGUCAGAUUCCAUUAUUUGCACAUUUGGCCCAGAGGAAGGAAAUCAGGUCAUCGAGUUGCGGAGAAAACGACACGAUGUAGUUUAUACAUCUCCAGCCAGCCAGGAAGACUUUGAGACGAUCGCAUCAUGGGAUGCCCCAAGCCCUCUACCUGACUUGCCUUAUGAUCAAGUUUUAUCGUUGCAGUACUUUGCAGAUAACUUGACUGCAAUCCUUGUUCUUCAGGGAGGCGAUAUCAUCAUUGUUCGUGAGGAUCCUCAGCCUGGGGAAGACAAGAUUGAAAUCUUGGGCUCAGUUGAUGUCGGUAUAUCAGCUGCAGCUUGGUCGCCAGAUGAAGAGCUUUUAGCAAUUACGACAAGAGCAAACACGCUACUUUAUAUGACUCGCGAAUUUGAGAAUGUCGCAGAAAUUACGUUCUCUCCAGACGAUCUCAAACUGUCACGGCAUGUCUCUGUUGGAUGGGGCAAGAAAGAGACACAAUUUCAAGGCAAAAGAGCCAAAGCAUUAAGGGAUCCCACCAUGCCUGAAAAGGUUGAUGAAGGCAAGUUCAGCACCUUUGAUGAUUCUCGAACCACAAUCUCGUGGCGUGGGGACGGGACUUUUGUUGCCGUUAAUAGUGUGGAAAGCGGUGUUCGACGAGUGACCAGAGUAUACUCUCGAGAGGGAACUCUCGAUAGUGUUAGCGAGCCGGUAGAUGGACUCGAAGGAGCGUUAAGCUGGAGACCGUCAGGAAACUUGAUUGCUGGUAUUCAACGUCUUGAUGAUCGUAUAGAUGUGGUCUUCUUUGAGCGCAACGGCUUGCGUCACGGCCAGUUUACGCUGAGGCUAUCGGAGGAAGAACGACAGACUUGGGGCUCGGAUAUUUAUCUGAGCUGGAACAUCGAUUCCACGGUUCUGGCUGUGUACUUUAAAGAUCGUAUUCAGCUCUGGACUAUGGGUAAUUACCAUUACUAUCUGAAACAGGAGAUAUUACUUCACGGCGAGAGCAAGAAGUUCGUUCGCUGGCAUCAAGAGAAGUCUUUACGGCUCAUUGCAGUUUCUUCCAACCUCUUGAUGGAUAGCGAAUGGGUUUUCGAUGUGGCUCAUGGCUCAACUACAAGUCCAGAUGACUAUGGAGCAGUUGGUGUCAUAGAUGGAAGAAUAUUGAAAUUGACUCCCCUGAGACUCGCUGGCGUCCCACCACCAAUGUCUCAUUGUGAAAUAAACGUCGACUCCAAUAUCGUGGAUGUCGCAUUCAGUCAUUCGGGAGCUAGGAUUGCAGUACUUACCACAGAUAACUUCUCGAUAUUUUCAUGGCCGUUGAAAACUCGAUCAGUCCCUUCGCCGUUAUUGGAGUCUAGUCAUCCUCUUCCCCAGACAGCCAACUCUCGACCAAGACAGAUCGCUUUCCUUAACGAUAGCGAAAUUUUCAUUCUCAUUCAUGACGGAGCUCCAACCCGUCGAAUUGAAAGGACGAAGCUGGAUACUCGUGAGAGCUCCGUGUCAUAUGUGAUUGCCGCAGAUGAGCAGAUUCAAAGUAUCUUCCCGAACAUUAGGUAUGAUAAGCUCUGGAUUUCAAAGUCUUCGUUGAAAGCACAAGGCACAACAUACCUUCAAGGUAUUCUAUCUGCGAAUAAUUUGCACAUCUCAUCUUUCGAUGCGGCUCCUGCAGUCGAAGCUCAGUGGGCAGCUAGCACGUAUAUUUCUGACGAUCAGGAUAUCCUCGUCUCCAUGACGCGAACGGGAGCAUUGUAUGCCAAUCGACGUCUGUUGGCAAAAAAUUGUACUUCUUUUAUACUCACACCCGCCCACAUAAUCUUUACUACCACACAACAUCUCUUGAAGUUCGUCCAUAUCACAAACGUCGAAGACAUGGAAGUACCUGCUGAUACACCCGAAACGGACGAGCGAUGCCGAAGCAUUGAGCGCGGUGGACGAAUAGUAACAGUGACGCCUUCAAACUUCGCCGUAACAUUACAGAUGCCUCGAGGAAACCUGGAGACGAUAUACCCCCGAGCCCUGGUUUUGGCGGGUAUAAGAAGCUUCAUUGAUGCGAAAGAUUACCGCUUGGCAUAUCUCGCUUGCCGAAGUCAGAUGGUCGAUAUGAACAUUCUCCAUGAUUAUGCUCCUCAACAAUUUAUGGAGAAUGUUCCUCUUUUCAUUACGCAGAUCAAGAGAGCCGAUUACAUUGAUGAAUUCCUGUCGCGUCUAAAAGAAGAAGAUGUCUCCCAGACUCUGUACAAGGAUACGCUGAAACUUUCAAAAGCCGAAGCUGAUACCGCAGCAAAAUCUGCAGUCAAGCCAACAGCUAAUGGCACUUUGAAACCGUUAAAGGAUAGCAAGAUCAACCGAAUUUGCGAUGCGUUUUUAGUGGCCCUCAAGAGCAAAAUGGACACGAAUCUGCAAAACCUGGUUACAGCUCAUGUGUGCAAGUUUCCACCAGAUCUUGACGCUGGUUUACAGCUGGUCGCUGAUUUAAGAGUGCGGAGUCCGGCACAAGCUGAAGAAGCUAUAGAGCAUAUGUGUUUCUUAACUGAUGCCCAUCAUCUCUACAAGAAUACUCUGGGGCUGUAUGACCUAGAGCUGACUCUUCUUGUUGCUCAGCAAGCGCAAAUGGAUCCGAGAGAAUACCUUCCUUUCUUACGGAAACUCCAAACUCUACCUGAGCUUCGUCGACAAUACGAGAUCGACAAUUACUUAGGUCGAUCAGCGAAAGCUCUGAAACACCUCCAUGCUCUAGAGGCAUUUGAUGAAUUGAAGCAAUACGCCGUCAAGCACAGCCUUUACCGAGAAGCGCUUGAUCUCUACAAGUAUCAGGCAGAGCAGUUGCGGGAAAUGACUCGCCUGUAUGCCGACUACUUGUACGAACAGAGCAAUUAUCAGGAAGCUGCCAUUGCCUAUGAGUCCCUUGGUAUUUACGACGAAGCAUACAAAUCGUAUCAGAUUGCCCACAGUUGGCGCGAAUCCCUUUAUUGCGCUUUAAUGGUACCUUUAUCGCAAACAGAGCUUGAAACUCACGCCAACAAUCUAAUUACAACACUUGUGGAAGAAGACAAGGACUAUCUCUCAGCAGCACAGAUCCAAGCAGAUCACUUGAAAAACUAUCCCGCAGCAGCAACACUCUUCUGCCGUGCCUCCCGAUUCGCAGACGCAACACGCAUCCUAGCAAUUAAUGGCCUUCAGGAUCGCAUUCCGGAACUCGUCGACAACGGCCUUGCAGAGGCGAUGGGUUCAACAACCGACUUCUUAGCCGAUUGCAAAGCCCAACUAAACGCACAAGUACCACGAAUCGGCGAAUUGCGCGAAAAGCGACUAACAGACCCAUUGGCAUUCUUCGGCGGAGAUCCAGAAGCAGCAGCAGCUGGAGGAGUUGAUAUCCCGGAUAACGUCUCGCUCGCACCAACAGACGCCUCAACUGCCGCUGGUCGAACAAUGUUUACUCGCUACACGGGCGGAACGAACAUGUCGCGCCGAACGUCAAAGACCCGCCGCCGUGAGGAACGGAAACGAGCCGCUGGACGGAAGGGAACUGUCUAUGAGGAAGAGUAUCUGGUGAAUAGUGUUCGACGACUUAUUGAGCGGGUCAAUAGUACAUUUGACGAGAUUAAUUCGUUGAUCAAGGGACUCCUGCGUCGAGGAAUGAGGGAGCGCGCAGUUGCGGUUGAGAAGGCGCUUCAGGAGGUGUUGGGAUUGUGUUCGUCUGCUAUAAAGGAAAUUUUUGACCAGGAAAAAGAAGAUCAGCAGCAAAAACAGACGGAGGACGCUACUGAUCAGGGAGCAGGAGAACAGACGUAUUCGGCCGCGGGUGGUGAUGCUGUUUUCUUGGAGAGUAUUUAUGCUGGGCAGAAACGUGUUGCGCCAGUUAUGAAGGAGUUUAAGAAAUUGGCUCUUUUGGGCUGAUUGGUUCCUAAUGCUGAUUAGAUAAUUAAUUAGAUGACGACUAAAAGUUAUUUACGCAGUGAAUGAGCCUGGCAUGGAUUCAAAUCGUGUCUGAUUCAUAAGAUUUGUUUUU